AUGGACGGUUUUGUUAAGAGAAACAGAACUGCUAUAGUAGCAGCAAUUGCUACUAUUACUGCAGGUUCUGUUGCUGUCGGUGCAUAUUAUUAUUACAAACAACUGCAAGACGAAGUCGCAGCAAAAUCAAGUUCGCCAGAAUCUGAAUCUAUUACAGGUACUUCUUCUUCAAAGAGUAAAUCUAGUAAAAAAAAUAAGAAAAAAAAUAAGAAGAAGACGAAGACUCAUGAAUAUCCUAUUUUGACUAAUGGUGAGCCAGAUUUUGAACAAAUUGAAACUUUUACUUCAGAGAAAAAGGAUUCUAUUGCUACAGCAUUAAAGGAUAAAGGUAAUGAAUUUUUUAAAGCUCAAAAUAUGCAAGAAGCAUUAAAUUAUUAUAAUUAUGCUUUGAAAAUGAAACAGGAUCCUGUCUAUUAUUCAAACAUCUCUGCUUGUUAUGUAUCAUUGAAUGAUCAAGAAAAAGUUAUUGAAUUCACUACAAAGGCCUUAGAACUAAGACCUGAUUAUUCAAAGGCUUUAUUGAGAAGAGCCUCUGCAUAUGAAACUUUGGAACGUUUUUCUGAUGCCAUGUUUGAUUUAUCUGUGUUAUCCUUAAAUAAUGAUUAUAGUGGUGCCUCUAUUGAACCAAUGUUAGAACGUAACUUAAACAAACAAGCUAUGAGAGUAUUAAAGGAAAAAUUAAAUAUUCCUGAUAAUGAAGAUGAUGAGACUGUUACUGUCACCUCGGGGAUCGCUCAACAAUUACCUUCAGAUACUGCUUUGGCAUCUUUCUUUGGUAUCUUUAAACCAGAAGUAAAUUUUGAUAAUUAUGAUGAAACUAAUGAAAAUGAUAAAUCAUUGAAAAAUGGUUUAACUGAAUUAUAUUCAGCAACUAAUGUUGGUUAUUUAAAUGCUGAAAAGAAUUUCGAUUCUGCUGCAAAGGGAUUCUUAGAACAAUAUGAAACUGAUAAGACUAAUGAUGUUAUUAAGAGAAAAUUAGCUAUCUCUUUAGAAUAUGUUGGUAUCUUUAAAUUCUUAAAAAAUGAUUUGGCUGGUGCUCAAGAAAAUAUUAAGAGAGCAAUUGAAUUACAUCCUCGUGUUAAUUCUUAUAUCUAUAUGGCAUUAACUAUGGCUGAUAAAGGUGAUACUCAAGAUUAUUUCACUUAUUUCGAUAAAGCUCUUGAAUUAGAUCCAAAUUGUUCCGCUACUUAUUAUCAUAGAGGACAAUUAUAUUUUAUUACUCAAAAAUACGAUUUAGCUAGAGCUGAUUUUAUUAAAUCUAAGGAAGUUGAUGAAAAUAAUAUCUUCCCUUACAUUCAAUUAGCUUGUUUAGAGUAUCGUGAAUCUAAUUUCGAAGGUUGUAAACAACAAUUUGAUUUAGCAAGAAAGAAGUUCCCAAUUGCUCCAGAAGUUCCAACUUUUUUUGCUGAAAUUUUAGCUGAUAAAGGUGAUUUUGAUGAAGCUCGUAAACAAUAUGAAAUUGCUAGAAAAUUAGAGACCCAACAACCAACAAUUCGUGUUGGUAUUGCUCCUUUAGUAGGUAAGGCUACAGUAAUCUCAAGACAACCAAGUAUUGAAAACUUCAAAGAAGCCUCUAAAUUAUUUGAAGAAGCUUGUGAACUUGAUCCAAGAUCUGAACAAGCUAAAGUUGGUUUAGCUCAAUUGAAAUUACAAGAAGAAGAUGUUGAUAAUGCUAUUACUCUAUUUGAAGAAGCCGCAGAUUUGGCAAGAACCAUUGAGGAAAAAUUACAAGCUACAACUUUUGCUGAAGCCGCUAAAGUUCAAAAGAGAAUUAGAGCAGAUCCAGUCGUUAGAGCUAAAGUUGAAGAAGCAUUGGCUCAAUACCGUGCACAAGGACAUAUGUGA